ACCGGCACCCGCUCCGUCACUGUGCACCUCCGAAAUGAAUCCGUCCCAGCACAUGACCUUCGCCUUGUACGAGAUGACCACUCAGACGAGCAAGAAGGUUCUCCUCUUCAUACUGGAGUGGGGCACUCCCAGGAGGGAUGCAAGCAAGACCUUCUAUGAGUACCUCUUGCAAGUGAAGAGGAUGUCUUUGACAACAAUACGCAAGAAAUUUAAUCAGAGUCAAAGACAAAAGAUAGAGAAGAGUGGUGACAUUGGCACAUUUGAUGUCUCACUCAUAUUUUUAUGCAUUGUCCAUGGGUGUGAUGGACUGGCCCCCCCAGGAGAUGCCAAAUGGACCACUAGAGCAGAGACACUGGAACGAUAUGUGACCUCCAUUAAAACUUAUAGAAAUAAUUUUCUACAUGGAGAAUAUGAUAUUACUCACACAGAAUUUCUUAAGGUGACAGAGGAGCUGAGAGAUCUGCUCAACAAAACCCUCGAGAGAGCAGCUGAAAUCUACAACAUAGGAGAUGAAAUCCUCCAGGGGAUCUUGCAAGAUAUAAACACAGAGAUCAACAGUCUUAGAAACAAUCCCUCACAGGCAACAAAUUCUCAUGCAUUAGUCCUCGACAGACAGCGCCAGAUGGUGAAAGUCGAAGGAAAACUAGAGCUGAAGAAGAUUUACAGAGAGGAGUCCAGUUUUGGACCAGCUUCGAAUUUGCUUGGGAAAUCGAAGGUGCGUGUGGACAAGGUCUUCACCACGAUGGAAAUCAAGCAGGAAGGCUCACAAACACAGUUCAUUCAGUAUAGUGAACUUCUCGCAAAGGCGGAGGAGAGACGAGUAGACAAUGGGAAAGACUGUUCCGUGUUGCUCAUUGAAGGGCCUGCGGGUGUUGGCAAGACAACCCUCACAAGGAAGAUGAUAAGUGACUGGGCUUCAGGCACUAGCUCCAUGGAGACUCUCACUGAUUAUGAUUUUGUGUUGUUAAGUAGGUGCCGAGACGAAAUCCAUUCCCUUGGCAACCUACUAGGCACAUUGAUGCCAAAAAUUAAAAUUAAAGUCCAAAGUGAUAAUGAUAUGAUGAAUUACUUAUCAGGAAACAGACUCAUGUUCAUUGUGGAUGGGCUCGACGAGAUGAACUCAGCAUCAGAUAGAGUGCUGAGAGAAAUCAUGGGGAUGAGCAGAGACGAUGACAUCACUGUUCUCUGCACAACACGACCCAACAAAGUACCUGACUUCAAGAGAUAUGUGCCGGACAAAUUUGAUAUUAUGCAUGUCAAAGUUUUGGGCAUAGAAGAGAACAAACGUGAAGAGUUUGUAAGAAAUUACAGCUUGGCAUUACAAGACCCAGGCACCGAGAACAAAGACAUCUCUGGUCUCCUCCGGUAUCUGGCAAGGAAAGACAGCCGGAUGCAGGCCCACUGGCGGUUCCCCUUCAACUUGGUCCUCAUGACAAUAUUAUGGUUCUUUGACCCGCAAGCUGUGAACAGUCUGACCACGGCAACGGAACUCUUCACAAAGACACAUGACUUGUACAUCCAACGGUUGAUUCAGAGGCUAAAGAAACACCAAGAAACAAAAACCUUCGACAUGGAUGAACUGAGAGGAAAAGUGGAUAAGUUUCUACUAAAAUUCAGCAAAGAAGCAUACGUGAACCACCUUCAUGAAGCUGUGGUUCUGUCCCAGUCUUCAGUACAGAGGCUGAAGGAGGCAUGUCGCCUUCUAAAUCUUCCACCAAAAGAAGUUCUUGGAUCGUUCUGUAUUCCGGCAACUUCCUUGACAAACUUCGAGGAAAGGUACAGCUAUCCUCACAAGGGUUUCCAAGACCUUUACUCUGCUAUGCAUCUGGUGGGCAUUCUGAAAACGCAUGAACUGGGACUAAACAUCCCCAGUAUAAUGUCUGGUUUUGAGACUGUUCUCCUUCGUGAAGAUGUUCCUGGAGAUGUUGUUAGAUCCUGCCUCAAUGACUGCUCUAAGAGAUUAUUAGAAUACCAACGUGACACUAUCAAGAAAUCAGGUAGUAUUCAGAGCGUUCUAGAAGGAGCCACCAAGGAAGCUGCCUUGUACAUCGGCCAAGAGACAAAGUUUUACUUGGUGAAGUACCAGAAUAUUCUCAUUCAUCUCACGGGUUUGCUUCACCUCGGAGGAAAGACACUGGCAGAGGAAAGAGCCACUGAGCUUGUGGAAUUACUCAAGGCCACUGGUAUUCGGGACACAUCUCAGUGGCUGGACUUGCUCUCUGAGGUCAAGUGCGACAACACAAUAACUGCAUUAAUUUCCAAAAAGAUUGAUCUCACUGGAUGCAUAUUUAUAAAAGAGAAACCACUUAGCUGCAUUCCUGGUGCCAGCCACGUCCGUCACCCUUGGUCCUGGACAUCAGCGGCGACCCCGAGGACAUCCCAUCCCUGAGUGAACUCCUAAGGGCAAUGAAAGGCAAGACGUGGGAGGUGAGGCUAUGGCUUCGCCACGACUUCCGACACCCGAGAGCCGGCGGCAGCGUCCUCGAGGAAAAGCGCUUCAGCAAGUUUUCCGAAGCGGAUGCCUCCAAGUCACGCAGUUCAGAGGGCAGCUGAGCGGAUCGGCCACGGCGGCGCUGCCCUCGAGUCUCGAGGAUCUCCUUUUGGCCGUGAAGGACGAGGACCACGCCCGGGCGCUUCUUCCCGCCCUGUCCUCGCUCCCAACGCGGUUGCCACGGCUGAGAGUCCUUGGUGAGUAGCUGGUCGUUUUCAUCUGGUGGCGUUGGAUUUGCUCUUCUUAUCCUUUCUCUCACCCUCUCUCGCUCUAUCUUUCUCUAUCUCGUACUUUCUCUAUCUCUUUCCUUCUCUAUCUCUUUCUUUCUCCUCUCUUU